AUGGACAACAAGAUGGAUUUCUUACGAUCUGUUGCGUCUAUGAAUGAUACUUCACAAAAAGGGUUUAAAUCACCUAAUUGGAAAAAACCUAUAAGGCGACACAAACCUACCAGACAAUUGCUCACAGAUGAAUGGAAAAGAUUGACAAGUGAGUCUGGAGAAGUUUAUGGUAAAGAUGCUAAUAAAACGAGAUUGACAUAUUUUAAUGUUCAAGCGCCUCCUUCGCAAUACCCUAUAAAAAGAUAUUGUGACAUUACGGGCUUGAAGGCUCGCUACAAGUCACCCAGCAAUGGAUUGCGGUUUUACAAUAGCGAAGUAUAUUCUCUGGUAAUUAAACCGAUGACACCUGGCGUGGAUCAGGAGUAUUUAAAGUUAAGAGGCGAUAAUGUUGUAUUAAAAUGA